CAGAGGGAGAGAGAGAAAGACACACACAAACACGACGGCACGUAACAGCAUACAGGUGCGGUUGUGCAUCAAAAGUGAAAGUAAUGCAAACCAGGGAGGAUUCAGACAUUGAGCACGAGGCUGUACCGUUGGAUUCAUGAAAAACGUCGACAUCUUACCUCAGAGAGAAAUCCCUGAAGCUCUCUCUGUGCCACACAGAUCAUUGAAGUUGAAGCAGAAGACACCGAAGUACUGAAACAUGGCUUCUACAACACAGUCACCUGUAGAGUACGUCAGGGGGGCCAGACGCCAUCUUGUGAAAACAUUAAAGAAUCAGUCAGUGAUUCUAGAGAACUUGAAACAGCAAGGAGUGUUACGUGACGAAGAGGUCUGCAUAAUACAAGCAGAAGGGAAUGACUACAAUAAAAACAGAAAACUUCUAGACUCUGUAACCGAUAAGGGGGAGAAAGCCAGCUAUAUAUUUCUCGAAAUUAUUUACAUGAUGAGGAAGAGGACCCUGGGGAGGACAUCGCUUCUCCCUGAGAAACAGACUGUAGCUUCUGCUGAGAGCGAGACGUUCGACCUGCACCACUGGAUCAGCUGCUUCGCUUUCAAGGAAGACGCACAAAUGGGAAAAAACUACCUACAAGGUCCAACACCGUGCCACCGUUACCAGGCAAAGUUGAAGUCAAAAGCACAACAAAUAUCAAAAGCGUUUUGGACGGCAAACAAAGAUCUGUUUGAAGGAAACAACAAGCCUGAUCUGUCGUACAUGCCACUUGUAUUGGACACACAAGGAAGUGUUUCUGCCUCUAAAAUAAAGAAAUUUAAGAGCAAGAAAAGCAGGAUGAGCCGUCCUAAAAAGCUAGGGACCUACAUCCCUAAGGACAAAGCAGACAUUUCUCCCAGUGACCUGCUUAAAACAGAUAAAAACAUACUCUUGGUUGGUAAGUCUGGGAUUGGAAAGACAGCACUCGUUCAUGAAAUGUUAAAACUCUGGACAGAAAAAGAUGACAAGGAGCUAAACUACAUGUUUUACUUUGACAUGAGAAACAUAUCCAACAUCAAGAGCCUGGAGGAACUUCUCUUCAAUGAGUUCAGUGAGCCAGAUGAAGGCAAAGACGAGGUCUUACAGGACAUAAAGAAUAACUCUGACAAUGUUACACUCAUUUUUGAUGGAAUCACAGAUCUGUCACAGUCUUCACCAGUAGUGCAGAGACUUGUAGAUAAAGAUUUGCUACAAUACUCCAAGGUCGUUUUGACUUGCAGACCAGCUGAUGAAGACCACCUUCUGUCUGAGGACUUUCUCAGAGUGGAAGUGAAAGGCUUUAGUGAGCAGACCAUAAAAACAUACAUAUCUGCGAUGCUACGUGAGGGAAAGGAGAGGGUUUUGAGCAACGUGGAGUUGUUCACGCUUUGCCAUGUACCGAUGUAUGCACUGAUGGUGGCUGCAUGCUUUUUAUGUGAGACAUCAGAGGACUUUCAAAAGCCUUGCUGUAUAACUGAUAUCUACAUCAACAUUUUCCGUUUUUGCCUCAAAAGAAACAGCAACACAAAAUACAUUGAUCUAAAUGCCUUCAUCGAAAGCAAGAGUGAGGAGAUACUGUCUUUGGCUGAGGUUGCUUUUCGUGCAACUGAAGGAAAAACUGUGAACCUGACACUACGUCCCUCUGGAGAGAGCCAUGUCCUCUCCUUGCUCAAACAACUUGCCAUCAAAGUCGCACGAAGCCGUACUAAGAGAAUAACCACCUAUGCAUUUCUCCAUUACACAAUGCAGGAGUUUUUUGCAGCACUGUGGCUCUUGAAGAAUCCAGAUUUAAUCAGUAAUGUUUUUCAGCAAUGCCUCACUGAGGAGAAGAAGCACAUGAAACAUCUGAUCCCUUACAUGUGUAGAUUGUUGACUGAGGAGAGCCCUAGUUUGAUGGAGUAUCUGAUUCCUGCGGAGGAGCUCAAGAAUACAUCAAACUGGUUCUUCAAGGAAGUGAUAUCCACAUUCCUUCCUAGUCUGUGUGAAAACGAUGAGCCUGAGCCUGAGGACAGUGGGCGCAUACUGUUCCUAUGCCAGUGCUUGUUUGAGUCCCAGUGUCCUGAAGCAUGCAUCAACCUUCUGGAAAAACUGGAGUAUCGUCUUGACCUCAGUGGAGAGAGUCUCGAUCCUUACCCCUGCUGUGCUGUGGCCUAUGUGAUCACUCAGUCCAAGGAGAGGAAAAUAUGGCUGAACCUUGAGGACGUCACGAUAUCACAACAAGGAAUGAGACCACUAUUAGGAUGCCUUCAAAAUGUCCAAUGGUGUGAUUCUCUGCCACGGCAGCUGUGGGAGAUCUUCCUUCUCAGCGAAGGGGAGAUGGACUACAUCACCUUACUUGGCCUUGAUGGAAAUCAGUUGCACCUUCCAGUGGGGGGGGACAGAAAGCUGUUUGAAAGAGCAGUGACAGUCCUGCAGAAGAUAAGUGAGAAGGUUAACAUCUGCCUCCACUGGGAAAGGGAGAAGCCUGACUGCCACAGUCUGUGUGAGACUCUGCUAGAGGCUUUGCCCUACGUCAGCUCACUCAGCUUCAGGAUGACCCUCAGAGGUGCAGGAUUACAGGACCAGGAGCGAUGCUAUGAGACACUGAAGAGACAAGAAAAGCAGCUGUUUCUGGAUUUAUGCCUGAAAGCAGCUACUCACUUUCAAGGAGAAAGCGUUCACAAUGAAGUGAACAACCUCAUCUCUCUGUUUUCUUUUAACUAUGAUAUGCAUAACAUCCUUCUGGAUUUGUAUCAACAUGUCAAAACUCAAGAGAGUUCAGCUGUCAUUCAAAAACUGAAGCCAUUUUUCCAGUCAGUUCCUGCAUUUUGGUUCAUAAACCUCUCAGAGAGAAAGACCUCCAUCCUGCUGGAAGUGCUGAGACUCCAACCAGAGAAGAAACAAGUGGAGCUGAGACGCUGCUCAGAUAAAGAGAGUGAAGUGAGGACUUUGCUGCAGUGUCUGCCUUAUAUCUCACAGCUCAGUUUUGUGCCUCAGUCAUCAGAACCUUCAGGUGAACUCCAGUUCUUUGGGACUCUGUUCUGUGCAGCAGCAGAGAGAGAGCAGCAGACAGGAGAGAAGACACUGCUGCUGUUGUUAUCAGUGUGCACAUAUCAAACAAUAACUUUAAACGACAUAGUUUCUUAUUAUUUGAAGAGGAACCCUCAGAGUGAUUUCCUGCUGGAUCUGUACUCCCACCUGAAGGACUAUGAGACUGAAACAGGUCUGAGUGUCCUUCCAUCAUUACAGUCUGUUCUCCAGUCAGCUCCUGCAGUCUGGAUCAUAAACCUCUCAGAGAGAAAGACCUCCAUCCUGCUGGAAGUGCUGAGACUCCAACCAGAGAAGAAACGAGUGAAGCUGAGAGGCUGCUCAGAUGGAGAGAGUGAAGUGAGGACUUUGCUGCAGUGUCUGCCUUAUAUCUCACAGCUCAGUUUCUGGUUUGGAGACUCAGGUGGAGUCCAGUUCUUUGGGACUCUGUUCUGUGCAGCAGCAGAGAGAGAGCAGCAGACAGGAGAGAAGACCCCAGAGCUGUUAUCAUCAGUGUGCACAUAUUCAUCAUUCCCUCUUACUGACAUAUCUGAUCCUGAUGAUGAUGAUGAUGAUGAUGAUGAUGAUGAUGGUGAAGAAUAUCAGUGUGAUAUCCUGCUGGAUCUGUACUCCCACCUGAAGGACUGUGAGACUGAAACAGGUCUGAGUGUCCUUCCAUCGUUAAAGUCUGUAAUCCAGUCAGCUCCUGCAGUCUGGUUCAUAGACCUCUCAAAGAGAAAGACCUCCAUCCUGCUGGAAGUGCUGAGACUCCAACCAGAGAAGAAACAAGUGGAGCUGAGAGGCUGCUCAGAUGCAGAGAGUGAAGUGAGGACUUUGCUGCAGUGUCUGCCUUAUAUCUCAAAGCUCAGUUUCAGUUUCUGGAUUGGAGACUCAGGUGAACUCUCAGGUGGAGUCAAGUUCUUUGGGACUCUGUUCUGUGCAGCAGCAGAGAGAGAGCAGCAGACAGGAGAGAAGACACUGGAGCUGUUAUCAUCAGUGUGCACACAUCCAUCAUUCCCUCUUCCUGACGAACGGGGUUAUGAUGAUGAUGAUGAUGAAGAAUAUCAGUGUGAUUUCCUGCUGGAUCUGGCCUCCCACCUGAAGGACUAUGAGACUGAAACAGGCCUGAGUGUCCUUCCAUCAUUACAGUCUGUUCUCCAGUCAGCUCCUGCAGUCUGGAUCAUAGACCUCUCAAAGAGAAAGAGCUCCAUCCUGCUGGAAGUGCUGAGACUCCAACCAGAGAAGAAACAAGUGGAGCUGACAGGCUGCUCAGAUGGAGAGAGUGAAGUGAGGACUUGGCUGCAGUGUCUGCCUUAUAUCUCAAAGCUCAGUUUCUGGUUUGGAGACUCAGGUGAAGUCAAGUUCUUUGGGACUCUGUUCUGUGCAGCAGCAGAGAGAGAGCAGCAGACAGGAGAGAAGACACUGGAGCUGUUAUCAUCAGUGUGCACAUAUCGAUCAUUCCCUGUUCCUGACAAACAGGGUAAUGAAGAAUAUCAGAGUGGUUUCCUGCUGGAUCUGUACUCCCACCUGAAGGACUAUGAGACUGCAACAGGCCUGAGUGUCCUUCCAUCAUUACAGUCUGUUCUCCAGUCAGCUCCUGCAGUCUGGAUCAUAAACCUCUCAAAGAGAAAGAGCUCCAUCCUGCUGGAAGUGCUGAGACUCCAACCAGAGAAGAAACAAGUGGAGCUGACAGGCUGCUCAGAUGAAGAGAGUGAAGUGAGGACUUUGCUGCAUUGUCUGCCUUAUAUCUCAAAGCUCAGUUUCUGGAUUGGAGACUCAGGUGAACUCUCAGGUGGAGUCAAGUUCUUUGGGACUCUGUUCUGUGCAGCAGCAGAGAGAGAGCAGCAGACAGGAGAGAAGACACUGGAGCUGUUAUCAUCAGUGUGCACAUAUCCAUCAUUCCCUCUUCCUGACAAACAGGGUGAUGAUGAUGAGUUUGAUUAUGAAGAAUAUCAGUGUGGUUUCCUGCUGGAUCUGGCCUCCCAUCUGAAGGACUAUGAGACUGAAACAGGUCUGAGUGUCCUUCCAUCAUUACAGUCUGUUCUCCAGUCAGUUCCUGCAGUCUGGAUCAUAUACCUCUCAAAGAGAAAGAGCUCCAUCCUGCUGGAAGUGCUAAGACUCCAACCAGAGAAGAAACAAGUGGAGCUGAGAGACUGCUCAGGUGGAGAGAGUGAAGUGAGGACUUGGCUGCAGUGUCUGCCUUAUAUCUCACAGCUCAGUUUCUGGUUUGGAGACUCAGGUGGAGUCAAGUUCUUUGGGACUCUGUUCUGUGCAGCAGCAGAGAGAGAGCAGCAGACAGGAGAGAAGACACUGGAGCUGUUAUCAUCAGUGUGCACAUAUCCAACAUUCCCUCUUACUGACAUAUCUCAUCCUGAGGAUGAUGAUGAUUAUGAUGAAGAAUAUCAGUCUGAUAUCCUGCUGGGUCUGUACUCCCACCUGAAGGACUAUGAGACUGAAACAGGUCUGAGUGUCCUUCCAUCAUUACAGUCUGUUCUCCAGUCAGCUCCUGCAGUCUGGUCCAUAGACUUCUCAGAGAGAAAGACCUCCAUCCUGCUGGAAGUGCUGAGACUCCAACCAGAGAAGAAACAAGUGGAGCUGAGAGGCUGCUCAGAUGGAGAGAGUGAAGUGAGGACUUUGCUGCAGUGUCUGCCUUAUAUCUCAAAGCUCAGCUGUGGUCCAGAGUUCUUCCAGAGAGUGUGUACGCUCAUCUCUGUCAGAUCCAGAGAGGAGGCUGAGAGGUUGGCCUCUCUGCUGCAGCUCUCAGAGUUCACCCUGCUGCUAUCAGGAGAGUUACCCAGGAAAACCUGCCUGUCUGUGGGGAGAGUUCUCCAGCUGUGUGGCUCUAAAGUGGAUCUCAUCCUCAAACCCAGAACGAUGUCUGUCAAGGGAGCCUUUGCUCUCUUCAGACGAACAACACAACUACACAGUCUCAAGCUUUCUAACGACAUGGCCUUGCUGCUGGGUGGCUGGGUGAGGAGAUGGGGAGGGGUCCGUCAGGUGACUGUUGAAGAGCUUUCUCUCUCCCCUCAGACCGCCCAACCAUCACACAGUGUUGUUGAAGGUUGUCAGUAGCUUGGCUUCCCUGCUGAGAUACUGGGCAGUGAGACAGUUAGACCUGACUGAGGUCUGUGUUCCUGCUCUGGGUCUCACACCACUGCUGCUCCAUGAUGGCCCUCUCAAAAUCAAACUGAGUGAGAAGAAUGUCCUGCAGCUACUCUCCCUGCUCCAUGAACUCCAGGAUGAGGACUUGACCUGGUCCUUCUUGAGUAAGUUAGGAGGAGACCUGACCCCCUUCUCUCUGAACUGGGAGCUUCUCCAUCUUCUACUGCAGCAUCCAUCAGCUCAGACCCUCACUGUGAACAUGAGGAAGAACCCCUUCUUACAGGAGAACGUCACACGUCUG